AUGAAGCCUUCCUCAUCUCUUCUCACCGCCCAAUCCCUGACGGUCAAGACAACCAGUGGAAAACUCACAGGGUUCAUCAAUCAAACAGCUCCUGCUGUCCGUCAGUUUCUAGGAAUUCCCUAUGCCGAACCUCCUCUGAACUCUCGACGCUUCCAACCACCUCGACGGAUCAAGAGCAAUGGCCAUGUCUCAGCAAAGAAAUAUGCCCCGUCUUGUAUGCAGCCUAUCAGCAAGAAUCCGACCGUGUACACGGAGAAUAUGCCCGAGUUCCUCACCAAUGGCGGAGACUCUGAGGAUUGCUUGUACUUGAACGUAUAUGCACCUCUCGAGCCAGUCUCUAAGCGAUUGCCUGUCUUCAUUUACAUCCCCGGAGGUGGCUUCACGGGUGGUGGCGCAGACUCUCUAUACAAGAUCCCUGACAAAUGGAUCCAACGAACACAGGGUCAUAUCGUUGUCACCAUGAACUACCGUGUCAACUUGUUUGGUUUUCCCAACGCCAAAGCAGCGCAUCAGAACGUGGGCCUGCUUGAUCAGCGAAUGGUGGUUGAAUGGACACGAGACAACAUUGCGGCUUUCGGUGGCGACGUCAACAAGAUGAUUCUAUGGGGACAAUCUGCCGGCGGUGCUUCUGUUGGAAUGUACGGAUACUCGUACCCAGACGACUUGAUUGUCCAGGGAUUGAUCUCAGAUUCUGGCUCGACAAGCACAUUGGCCAAGGCCUUCGGGAACUUCUCAGACUUUAGCACCAUUGCGAAACUGACUGGCUGCGGCGGUCUGGCAGAGAGGGAAGAGCUCAAGUGCAUGCAGCGUGUUGAUGCUUCUGUUCUCCAGGAAGUGUAUUCCAACACUUCGAGCGUUUCUUUCACGCCUGUUGCAGACAACGUGACUGCUUUCUCAAACACCACCGAUAGACUGGCGAGAGGAUUGGUUACAAGAGUGCCAUGGAUCAUGGGAAACAAUGCGAAUGAAGGUGCCGGUUUUGGAGCCUACAAUGCAAGCGGAGUAUCCCCAUCCCAGGUCGCCAUUGGUCUACAGGCCAUCACCUGUCCAGUAGCGAACGAGAUAAGAGUCCGGGCACAGUUUGGAUACCCGACAUAUCGAUACUACUACACUGGAAACUUUUCCAAUAUCUCCCCUUUGCCCUGGAUUGGAGCAACUCACAGCGCCGAGCUCCCCCUCCUCUUCGGUACACACUAUGAAUAUCGUGGAAACUCCACCGAGUACGAAUGGGAGGUCGCCAACGGCAUGCAAGCUCUCUGGUUGUCGUUUGCUCACAACCCCCAUAAAGCCCCUCGGGAUGGAAAGGGAAUUACUUGGCCGCUUUAUAAGCCAGGGCAAGACAAGAUGGUGGUAUUUGCGGAGGAGGGUAAGAAAUGGUUUCAGUUGAAGGACGAGUCUAUCAACGACAACCAGUGUCGACGCUGA